AAGACUAAACGAAAAUCUCCUGCUUCCACUGACGAGGGUUUUACGAAAUCUAGGGUUUUAGUUUGAACAAAGAGGAGCCAAUGGCGGAGGAAGCAGUGAAAGAAAUCAGCAAGACCAACGCGGCCAAGGAAGACAUGGAUCUCGAAGCAGGAGGAUACGAAAACGCCGACUUUAAGGCGAAGCGUUCGAGAGAGGAGGAAGAGGAGGGGGACGGUAACGCUGAUGCUUCGAAGAAGCAGAAGGUUGAUGAGAACGACAAGCCGAUGGAGGAGGGGCAGUUGGAGAAAGAGUUAGAGGGUGCGGAGGCUAAUAAUGGAUCGGGUCGGGUCACUUUGGGCCCGAAGAUGUUCGGAUCGUCGGUUGAGAUGUUCGAUUACUUUUUCAAGAUUCUUCACUUUUGGCCACCCAAUUUAAACGUCAACAAGUAUGAGUACAUGGUGUUGCUAGAGUUGCUCAAACGAGGUCAUGCAGAAGCUGACCGCAAGAUUGGAGGAGGAGUCCAAGCUAUCCAAGUUCGAUACCACCCAAGUUGGAAAAGUAGGUGCUUUUAUCUCAUUAGAGAGGAUGAAUCUGUCGAAGAUUUCAGCUUCAGGAAGUGUGUGGAUAACAUACUCCCAUUACCUGAAGACAUGAAAAAUAAAGUUGAGGCCAAUAAGUUUUUGGGUAGGGGUGGUGGUGGCAAGGGUCGUGGAGCAAAAAAUGGCCGUGGAAGAGGUGGCAAGUGGAGGAACUGAAGUGUCUGUUGUUAAAUUAUAUGGGAUUUAGUUGAUUGUCCUAUUGAUAAUGGUUUAUAGACUCAUCAAGCCUAAAUCCAGCUAAACUGCUGUAUUAUCCAAAUUUUGGGUAUUAAUGACUUUUUAAUUAUUUUUCUCA